CAUAAUCCUAUCAUAAUUGAAUGCAUUUAAGGUGGGCGAUGGCUGUCCCUCCAAUUACAACCGCUUGCUUGCACUUUCCAGUGGCAUGGUACUCCUCCGACAGCUCCAGACCGAUACGUCAAUUGCAGAACAGCGGCUGCAGCAGCUGCGCGGCCAGGUCGCGACCGAGGCGCAGCGUCACAGGGAGGCGCAGGAGCAGCGGCAGCUGUGCGAGAAGCCACCGCCGUUGCCGCAACAAAAGCCGUAUAGGCCCCCGCUCUUUUCCCGAUUCCUAUACCCUGAGGACCUGGAGGAGAUGCAGGAGCACUACUAGGCCUGACGGACGCUCAGUGGUGGGUGACUGUGGCAGUGGUGGGUGACGGACGCUCAGCGGUGGGUGACGGACGCUCAGUGGUGGGUGACGGACGCUCAGUGGUGGGUGACGGACGCUCAGUGGUGGGUGACUGUGGCACAGUUACUUUCGGGCACCCCC